AUGGAGAGGGGGGUGCUGGUGCUGGAUCUAGACGACACGCUGAUUUGCAGGAAGAACUCCACUAUCGUCAAGAGGCCUGGCCUAGAAGCGUUCCUCAGCAAGAUGGCGCAAGUAUACAAGCUCAUAAUCUUCAGCGCAUCAGACUCAAAGCAUGUUAACGAUUGUGUGGCCGGGUUUGGGGCAUUUGCGCAUCUGAUCAGCGAGGUAUACAGCAUCAAGGAUUGCACCAGGUGCCGACAGGGAUUUGUCAAGGACGUGUCCAAGCUUGCUACGUGCAACAUGAAGAGGCUAGUCUGGGUGGAUGAUGUUCGCCUCAACUUCAGGCUGUGCCCGCACAAUGGCAUCGAGAUCAGGCCAUUCAAAGGAGAAGCAGAUGAUAGGGAGCUUGAGAAGUUGACACCUCUUUUGCUCGAGCUGUCCAAGGUGGAGGACGUGACGCAGUUCCUGUGGAAUGGCCAGCCAAAGGUGUCGGAAGCACAAGUGCAGUCUGCCAAGAAUCUUGUCAAGGCCAAGGGCAAAAACAAAGCGGUACCGGUACCUCGCAAAUGA